AAAUGCAAAAGUUCUCUUUUGCAGUCUGCGACUUGUGUCAAAGGUGUGUUGUCAAGAACAGAGAGGGUAAACCGAGACUGAGAGAAAAGAGAUUACGAAACAAUAGCUGAAGUUUCUGUUGCACCAGAUGCAUACAUAUGGUGAUGGAGCAAGAGAAAACGACGAAGAGACCUCUGAAGAUUGACUGGAACACAGUUUGGUCUAAAAACGAGGAACCUACACCUGAUUUAGUCAUUACGACCGCGAAACACCUUGAUAUGGACUCGGAUCGGCAGCAUUUGCUAAAGGAAGAACUCCAAAAGCUUAGCGAUGGCGAGCUGGAAGAUAGGAUUCGCCGAAUGAAGCAAUUCUACGAGACUUCCGCUUCCAGAUUGCCAGACAAGGGGGACAAGUAUCAUUGCAAUCUAUUGCUGGCAGAGGAAGAGAGGGAAUCCAGAAAGCUCCGUCGAAUUGAAAAGGAAGCUACUGGAUGUGAAAAUCUCUCACAGCCAACUACCUCAAGUAUAGCUGCUAGGGAAAGGACUGCUUCAUUGUCCCCAUUCACUUCUUCUUUUUACCAGAAGUUGGAAGAAAAAACAGAAUGCAAUAAUAAUGCCUUUGGUCAAGAGCUAUCGAUUUUGGGACGCUGUGAUAAUCGAAGACAAAGAUCUAAUGGUAGGUUAUCACCAAAAGUAAAACAGAAGGGCCAAACAUCAUCCAGAAAGCAGCCAUUCAAACGUGUUAACAAUCUUUCUACUGAUGUACAAAAAAGAGUUUCUUCAGUUGCCGCUCAAAAUAGUAAAAGUCCCGAUCAUUUUGAUUUUCGUGUCAGUGAACGACAGUCCGACUGUUUUGGGAAGAAGGACGCUUCUGAGGUUCAGCAGUCAGAUACUCCGAUGCCUCAAAAGGGGCAGACCAUUGUAGUCGUUGACGAGGAGGAAGCUUUGGCAAUGGAAAUACCCGAGCAUGAUGAUAAAUGCAUGAAAGAGGCUAAGAUCUACUACCCAUCGAGGGAUGAUCCAGAAUCCGUUGAAAUUUGUUUUGAGGACAUUAAGUGUCUUGAUCCAGAGGGUUAUUUGACAUCAACGAUCAUGAACUUUUAUAUUCGAUAUUUACAACAGCGAGCAUUUUCAACAAAUAAGGUGACAUGCAAUUAUCACUUUUUCAAUACCUAUUUUUAUGAAAAGCUAAAGGAGGCUGUGUCAAACAAGGGAAAGGACAGGGAUAAUUUUUUUGUCAAGUUCAGAAGGUGGUGGAAAGGCGUUAAUAUAUUUCAGAAAGCAUAUGUACUGAUUCCAAUCCAUGAGGAUCUCCACUGGAGUUUGGUGAUUAUAUGUUUUCCACAGAAAGAAGAUGAAUCGGGACCCAUUAUACUUCAUUUGGAUUCAUUGAGACUACACUCUAGCAGAUCAAUUUUUGAUAACAUUAAGAGUUUUAUAAAAGAGGAAUGGUGCUACUUGGAUCGAGAAGUUGCUGAUUCAGAUCUCCCAAUGCCGCAUAGAAUAUGGAAAAAUAUCUCUCGAAGAAUUGAAGAGAAAAUAAUCGAGGUUCCACAACAAAAGAACGACUAUGACUGUGGUCUCUUUGUUCUAUACUUCAUAGAACGCUUCAUCGAAGAGGCUCCUGAUAGGCUAAAAAGGAAGGACUUGGAUAUGUUUGGCAAGCGGUGGUUCAAACCCCAAGAGGCUUCCAGCUUGAGGACGAGGAUAAGAUGUUUGCUCAAAGUAGAGUUCCAAGAUGUGAAAAGACGAUGUCUAUCAGAACCUGUGGAGAGCUCUCCCUCAGAUCAGGCUCCAAAACAAUGAAUUGGCAGGUCUUUUGUUUGGUUCAAGUAAUAGUUCACUUGGGAUUGGGCGGGCUGUGCUAUCUUCUAUCGUGCUUGGCUAGUGAAGUUAAAGCAAUCUCACUGUUCUCAUCCUAGCAACCAACCGAUUUUAGGUAUGAUUUUUUUUUCAACAAAUUCAGAAAUGUAAAGCCACAAAAGUGUCUGCAAUAAGUUGAAAUUACAUGGUGGGUUAGGGUCACAUCACAACACUAAGAAAUCAAAUUAGACGAGCUAGAUAUAGCUUAUCACUUGGCUUGUUUUCUAAGUACAUGGGGAACAAACCCAAGGUUUAGGCUUUUGACUCGUAGCAAUAGCAAGUCGACGUGGUGUGAAUCUGUCCAUAGGAUAGUUGUGUUUGUAUUGUGAGUUACUGCUCCUAGCCUCCUUGCAUGAUGCCAAUCGAACGUUUUUAUUGAUUAAAAAAUGAUGUUGGUUAAAUAUCCAUACACUAUCUAUCUCAUCCAACUUUUUGGUUGGUUUAAAAUCACUCUUAAAUAUACUUUAAUCAUUUAAAGUCAAUGUGGCAUUUGGUUUUGUACUUCUAGUCACAAUUUUCAUAUGAAACUGUAUUUUGGAAUGAUUUUAACUAUUUCAAUAUCACUCUCAAACAUAUUUUGAAUUA